AGAGACUCACGAGUACGAUAAUGAAAUUGGUGUUCGCGACCGUGUAGAUAUCAUACAGAUUCGAUUUAGUUGGGUGACGGUCAGGGAUGAAAUGAUGCACUUUUACCAAUCAAUUAUGCUUCUAAACGACGUUUCGGCGGGCCCCGCCUGGCAUCAUCAGGUUUCUUUGAUGUAGAAUGAAUAAAAAAUUUGACAUGAGAUAUUUACGGUGUUUACAAAUUUACCGAUGUACAUAAAUGUCACCGUUUAUGCUUUAAUCUGAUUAUUGAAACUAAAGUGAAGAGUACGAUAAUCUAUUCAAUUAAAAACCAUCAUAGCCAGUAUAAAACACGACGUAAAAACGAUCGAGGAAUUUGCUAAGACGUCGUUGAGAAAAUAUUCCGGGAGUAACCUAAUCGAAUGUAUCACGUGUACCUUCACAGGCCUGCAGUGUGCGCGUAUACGUUAGAUGAAUGAAAAUCAGUGCGUUUUAAGUUAAUUACGGACAAUUAAAUUAGCAGUUGAUACACGCGUAUGGAUGUGUGCACGUGUGAUACAUACAUACACGUACAGAGACCGAAUGGGGGUAGUUUGAUUGGGCCAAUUCGAGGCAAUUCCUGACGAUUGCUGGAUUUGUCCAGCCCAUCUCGAAGAGCUCGUGUCAGUUCAACUCUACCAGUCGGCGGACAUGGAGCCGAAGAACCGAUCGCGAUAUCAAUGUUUCCGAUUUCCGUGCGCACGAGUAGAACGCGAAUUGUAUCUGCGUGAAAACGCGGUUCCAGGACUUCCGAGCCGGGUGAUCAAGGAUGGAUCCGCGCACCACGUUCGAUUCAGUGAUUACGCCCCAAUUCCUGCCACCGAUACCUAGACGCGUGGUUUUCACGAUACAAAGAGAACGAGAGAAAAAACGAGCGAGAGAGGAGAGAGAGGAGAGAGAGAGAGAGAAAGGUGGCGGGGAGGCGGUUUUCACACACGCACAAGAACGCGCGUCACAAGGUGGUGGGGAGCGACGAGAGAGGAUUCGAAAAAUCGUGCCGAUAGGAAACCGCGUGCUCCGCGUCCUCUUCGCGGCUUCCUCAUCCCGUCUCUUUCGGUGUGGGCUGCAAAUGGAGCCGCGGCGAGGAUCCUCGAUGGCGGAGAACCGCGCACGAAAACCUGCGUGAAUGUGAGCGUGAGCAUCGCAGAGCGAAUACGCGGUCCAGGCGAGUGCGGCGGACCCGUAUGAUCCGGUGCGUCUGUGUCGGCAGCUGCCGAGCUCGACGACGGAUGGGCGCGGAGGUUUGCCCUGACCGCAUUGGUUGCAACGGGGGUGUAAGGGGCGGGGCUGCUCGGAUUGGUUAAAAUAUAAAUGUGUGUAAGUGUGAUGUGAGAGGCUCAGUGUUACUCCCGUUGGUAGGCGAAGUAAGUGUUAUCGAGGCAACCGACUCCGGCAGACUGCAGAGUCUGAACGAGUUCAGUCGGGCAUCAAGGCCCGGUACAACUAGUUCAGUUCGUUAACUUUGGUUAAAACUAAUCAAAAUUAAUCAUAACCGCAACAAUUGAUCGCAAUUGGUCCAGAUUCCAUUACGUUGUGUCGUUGGCAAUCAUCCACAUUUUUGCAUAAUUGCUUUUAACUCAGUUUUAUUUAUGCGGUGCAGCGCGACUUCUGCCGGCUGAAAUCUGAAAAAUCGUUGAAGCCGAUAUACCGACUCGCGUUAUCUCACCCUCCGAUCGAGGGCGUGUUGGGCAAAAAUUGCUUCCGAAUACUCCUACGGCAUGGAAGGUGGCCCGUUCGACGACCCCUUGUUCUCGGAGUUUGGGGCCCGCGGUGCCGGCGGAAGUGUUCACAGCAUCCAAGUGAUGCUGGGCCUUCACGGCGGGCAUCACGGCGGCGAUCUCCUGCCGCCCGGGGGCCCUCUUCACAAGUUGGAUUCGUCGAACAGCCCGCCAACGCAUCACCACCCUCACGUCGGGGUCAGUCAUCAGUUGCACCAGCAGCAACAGAAGGAACUUAAGGAGCUGGAGCUCGCGGGAAUGUACGCGCCGCAGCUAGCCCAGGCCCAGGAAGUUACCACUUCCACGUCUUCGUCGGCGACGCCAACCUCGACGAACCUUCAGCAGGGACUGCAGCUCAACAAUUCCGUCAAGAGGAAAUCGGACGACUCUAUGAACUCCAUGGCUCCAGUGAGCAGUGAUUCACAGCCAGUGAAGAAGGACUCGAAGAAGAAGACGGACAACAAUGGCAUCAAGAAGAAAAAAACUAGGACAACAUUCACCGCUUAUCAGCUGGAGGAACUGGAGCGAGCUUUCGAGCGAGCGCCGUAUCCCGACGUGUUCGCGCGGGAAGAACUCGCCCUGAAGUUGUCGCUGAGCGAGUCCCGGGUGCAGGUCUGGUUCCAGAACAGACGAGCCAAGUGGCGGAAGCGCGAACCGCCGCGAAAAACGGCAAGCUACAUGACAGCGGGUUCGGCGAGCCCGGGGCUGAGCGGCUCGUUCACUUCCCUGAACAACAGCUUGAACCCCUUCACGUCGUCGGCGAGCGCCGCGGCGCCUCCCGACGCCUGGGCUUACACGCCGGCCUACGACUUGUCGCCGCAUCUGAAUCUCCUGAGCCCCUCGAACUCGCCGUACGCUUCCUCGGCGUUCGGGGGACCGAGCAACAACGGCUCGGCAUAUUCUUACACGACGAUGAUACCGCAGCACGACGCGUCCCUCUUCUCCGCGCCGCCGAACAACACGAUGCGCGUUCACCAGGACUACAUGAACGCGAACAACAGUUCGCCCCCGCAGCUUUCCCGCGCCGACUAUCAGACGAUGGUCAACAACCACUCGCCUCCCACUCACUUGACCGGCUCCAUGUCCGAGGACGAGCACCAGAGCAAGCAGCUUGAGUACGUCAGCGGGCUCAGCCCGCCCGAAAAGUACCAGCACGAUCAGGGCGACUACGUUCAGCAGCAGCAGCAGUCUCAGGACCAGAAGCAGGAGUACAACAUGCAUUCGCCCCCCGGUCGCCAGGGCAUCAAGGACCAAGUUCUCGUCAAGAACGAACCCGGCAACCAGCAGAGCUACGUUCAGCUACCUCCUUUUUUGAACUGACUCGAACCCUUGGGUUCGGGUUCGAGUCCAGAUUUAAUCACUAAUUUUCAAGAUGAUUAUACACACUCGUUCGAUGGUUAUUACAACUGACGCGGUCACGGGGUAUAUCGUACGCGUAGGAAAAUUUCAGAGAUAUUUUACUCUGAAGGUUGAUGAACAACUCGGUCGUUUGUUUUAAAAAAUACCUUUUAUACGCCACGAUGCAAUUUUGCUUAUUGAAACUUUUUUGAAGUAGUAGGUAAACGGCAACAUGCUGAAACGUUAUUUCGGUAUAAAAGUGAAAAGAUUUUCUGGCAAAAUUUAAUAGGUAUACUUUUAGAUAGUGGAGUAAGAUCGAUCUGAAACAGUGGUCUGAACCUUGCGGAGAAUAUUAGCAUUUUGAUGAAAAAUAUCUGACAUUCUUUUUCAUUAAUUUUCAUUUCUUCGAACGGCAUACUUGGGUUGUUGGAAACUUUUCUUGAAAGCCUGUAAAACAUGACUCUUCAGAGCUGAUUAGAAAACUUGCCAUAAUGGUUUACUUGUAAUACUAUAAAUUGAAUAUUCAUAACACCCGUAUAGAAGUUUUUGGAGACAAAUUUUAUAUAAAAAAAAAAAAUUCGUAGCAUUUCAAAGACGUUCGUUUCUAAACGUUAUUUGAAGCAUGCCGAUUCGUUCAAACGUACCCAUUUCAAUUGUAAAUAUUCUCUCAAAUUUGUAAAAAUGUUUUCCUGGACCUUUUCAUCAAACCUUUUACUUCAUGCAACGUCGCAAAUAAGAAUAUCUCCAAAUUAUGAAAAUCCUCGAAACGGAUAGGAAAUUAAUAUAUAAGCUAAUCGGAUAUUCAGCUUCCCCUGUGAGUUUCUUUCGCUUCCCUUGCAUGACAGCAAAUUCUGACCGAUAACGUUGGUCGGUAAAUCGUCGUAAAAAUGUUCAUUUAUGUUGUUUCGUAUCCGGUUCUUCUUAUCCGAGCGGGGUACCCGAAACCUUCAAGUGUCUUCAACGCCAGUGCCUUCUUUCGAUAUUAGGAUCUCGGUUUGAGUAGUAAAUACCUGUAAGUAUAAGGGCCAAAUAUUCUAAGCCCAAUGAGUAUAAGCUCGUGUCAUUAAAAAGUUUACGUUACUGUGUAUGGAUAUACUUAUUGUUAGUCAACUAAAAUUUAAAUUCUGCAUCUAUACACGGAGAUUUACAGGAAGUGCUAUUCGUAUGCGGCUUUCAAAUGAUUGAAACGAAAGUGUAAUCAGUAAUUGGUCUACGGACGUCGUUGGCUAUGAUUUUCUUUUUUCUCUUUUUUUCUACAUCAAUAUUAUUAUUAAAGCGCUCGUUAUAGUCAAUCGCACCAAAAGAUAUAGUUAAGAGUAUUAGCUGCGUAGUAGAUUCUUGCCAUUAUGGAAAUAACUGAUUACCGGCAAAUGUCGUCUCCUAUUAUUCCUAACAGUAUUUAUUGACUUGACGGUGUUUCACCACUUUGCAAUAAUACCAGGAAUAUUUGAAUCGUUUUAAGCAACUAACGAGCUAAUUCACGUAUAAGUAUACAUAUAUGCAUAUUGUUGAAUGUAAUCAUUUAUAAUAAAAUACCUCGUCUGAGA